CGCUCAGAGCUUCUCACUCGAUAAACCCUCGGGGCAGCUUUGGUCUUCCGAGUCCUUGGCCGAUUCAUCAUCGUUCCAGAUUCGUCGGUCGAUCACGUCGAUCUCGCCCUCCAAACCCUGAGAGCGCUUGUUUCUUUGAAGCGAGCGAGAGCCAGAUCCUCGACUUCACUGCCGAACGGGGAAGGGCAACCCCGGGUCAGAGGCCGCCCAGCAUCUCCGAGAGCAAAGCCCACUCUGCUUCUGCUUUAAGCCCUUGAUUUUCUUAGCAAGAAUCUUUCUCUCUCUCUGUUCCGAAGCUUGGCAUUCUAGAGAAGCACAUGUACCAUCAGCUCUUCUAAUGGCUGCUUCUUCGAAUAUGAAAAGGAAUUACCAUGUGUUCCUCAGUUUCAGAGGGACAGAUGUCCGCCAAGGCUUCCUCAGUCAUCUCUACGCGGCUCUGGACCAGCAAGGAAUAUACACUUUUGUGGAUAGCGAGGAGCUUAGGAAAGGAGAGGAAAUAUCGUUGGCGCUCAUGAGGGCGAUUGAGGAAUCGCACGUUGCGAUCAUCGUUUUCUCUGAGCACUACGCUUCCUCACGGUGGUGUUUGGAAGAGCUCUUGAAAAUCAUGGAGUGCAAGGAGAAAAAUGGCCUGAAGGUGUUCCCUGUGUUUUACAAAGUGGAACCCAGAGAAGUGAGAGAGGGGAGAGACAGUUAUAAGAGAGCUAUGGAUAACCAUGAGUCCAAGUUGGGGAAGGAUUCAGAGAAAGUGAAGAGAUGGAAGAAGGCUCUCUCUGAAGCCGGUAGCUUGUCUGGGUGGGAGUUGAAUGACAGGUCUAUGGGGACCUGGAGGCAUAGGGAAGACAGCAAUUGCCAAGGCCCUAUAUAAUGCUAUGAUGAGACAAUUUCAGGUUUGUAGUUUUUUGGAGCAAGUUAGAGAAAAAUCACACCAAAGCGGUGGUCUUGUUUCUUUACAAAAGGAUCUUCUAUCUGAGAUCCCGGUUCAUCCUUUAACGGUCUAUAGUGUCGCUGGAGGAAUUAGUUUGAUACAAGAAAGACUAUGUUGCAAGAAGGUUCUCCUGGUUCUUGAUGAUGUUGACCAUAUGAAUCAAUUGAAUGCAUUAGCUGGAAAAGGCAAUUGGUUUGGAAAAGGAAGUAUAAUCAUUGUUACAACAAGAAAUAAACAAUUGCUGACUUCUCAUGGCAUAAAUCGUGUGCAUAGAAUUCAAACUUUAGGAUGUUGUGAAGCACGAGACCUUUUUUGUCUGCAUGCUUUCCCAGAUAGCGAGAGUGUUGAAAUAGGAGUGGAUCUCAUAGAUAGAGCACUGCGUUAUUGUGACGGCCUUCCGUUAGCCCUCGAAGUCUUGGGCUCAUUCUUAUGUGGAAGAAACGAAGCUGCAUGGGAAAGUGCAUUGCAUAAACUUUCCAAAAGUCCUGACCAAAUUAUUAAUCAAGUUCUCAAGACAAGCUUUGAUGGAUUGGAGAACAAUGAGAGGGAGAUUUUCCUCGAUAUUGCUUGUUUCUUUAAGGGAAAGGGAGUAGAAUACAUCAAGGAAGUUCUUGAUGACUCUGGUUUUAACACAACCAUAGGAAUAGAAAUUCUCAUCGAGAGGUCCUUGAUAAAAAAUGAGUAUGGAACCCUGCAAAUGCAUGAUUUGAUUCAGUUGAUGGGUAAGGAUAUUGUUAAUGAGGAAUGGCCCGAUGAUCCUGGGAAACGCAGCAGAUUAUGGCUUUUCGAAGAUGUUGAGGAAGUUCUCUAUGAAGAUACGGUAAAAGUAAUGGAUGCAGUAAAGGCCAUAGUAUUGAACUUGGCCACACCAAAAGAGAUGACCAUUAGUCCUUGUGCUUUCAAAAAAAUGAAAAGGUUGAGAAUGCUCAUCUUGCACAAAGUGCAUAUCUCUUCACAAGGUCUUGUACGCCUCCCUAAUGCACUCAGAUGGCUUGAAUGGCCCAAUGCCCUGCAUCUAGAAUUUGGCCUUGGUCCAAAGAAACUGGCAAGACUCCGUUUUCAGAACAGUCAUAUCAAACAAUUAGUAGGCAACUGUCAGAAUUUUAUAUGUUUGAAGUCCAUCGAGUUCCGGGAUUGCAAGUCCCUGGCUAGUAUUCCUGACAUUUCAUCGGCUCCACUUCUGGAGAGCUUAGAUCUUUUCAGUUGCAAAAGCUUGGUAGAGGUUCACCAAUCCGUUGGAGAUCUUGACAAGUUGAAACAUUUGAAUAUAUCAAGUUGCUCCAAUCUUCGGAUCUUUCCAAACACACUCAAGACAAAGUCUCUUCAAUGGCUUGAUUUCUCUGGUUGCUCUAAACUUGAGAAAUGCCCUGAUAUUCUGGAAAAGAUGGAACACCUAAUAUAUUUUUUUCUAAAAGGGACGGCAAUUAAAGAACUCCCUGCAUCAAUUGAAAAUCUUGUCUCUAUAGAGCAGAUAGAUUUAGGUUGUUGCAAUAACCUCACAAGGCUUCCGUCGAGCAUUCAUAAGUUGAAAAAUCUCAAGUCUCUGGUAGUUAGCUACUGCUCAAAUUUUGUCAUGUUUCCAAAGAACUUGGAGGAUUCAAUUGAUCCUGAUGACGAUUUGGGAUUCCCAAGUUUAAGGUGGCUAGACCUCUCUCACUGCAAUCUAUCAAAAGCGAGUUUCUUGAGAAUGCUUCCAGUUGUCCUAUAUUGACGUGCCUAAAUCUUACAAAUAACAAAUUUACUCAUCUUCCUACAUGCAUCAAUAAGUAUGAUUAUUGGAAAGACUUGUUUGUUUAUAGCUGCAAGCAAAGCAAAGGGGUCAGUGUGGCUGAUGCGUCAUCACCCAAGGUCUCUCUCUCUCUCUCUCUCUCUCUCUCUCUCUCUCUCUCUCUCUCUCUCUCUCUCUCUCAUUUUGAAUGUUUGAUACGUGUACAUCUCGUAUGACAGGAAGUUGAGAUUCUUGUAAAUGGAAGAGAGAUGCCCGAAUGGAUUCUCCAUUGUAAAGAGGACACCAUAUCUUUCAUGGUUCCCCCAGACUUAUGUGACAAGAUCUUGGGACUAGCAAUCUGUGUUAUUCUUCGCCAGAAUAAGAAAGGCUCGUUCGACGAUUCGUCCUGUUCAUUUGACAUCAGCUUGUUUGUAAAUGGCAUAAGAUCGUAUUACCGUUUGAUAUUUUUUGAUCCAUUGGAAUCCGAUCAUGUGAGUCUUGUUUAUUUCCCAAGCAACAGAAAGAUAGAAGAGAAGCCUCUGCAAAACGGUUGGAGCCAUAUCCAAGUUUGUGUCAGGGCACUGGAAGGAACCAUAAAGAAGCGUGGAUUCCUUCUAAUAUGCGAGCAACAGGAGGAUGAUCUGAGGGUCUGUUUUCCAACGCCAUCGGCGGAUGGAAACAGAUUGGAGUUUCAAGGAAAGAUACUCGAAGGAAGACAAUUAUCAACAGACACCGAGGAAGAAAAUAGUCCACUGGAGCAGAACUCAACAAAGAAGAUGAGACGGUCUUAGCAAUGGCGAGAGUAUGGGUUGAACUCGCACCACCUGUUGAGGUAGCGAUUCUUGAGGAUGCGAACCGGUGAUCUUGAUUUCAAUGCCUCUUGCUUUUCCUUUUUUUCUCGUCUCUACCAAAAAUUUGCAAUUGUCUGCUCCUUCAAUUAGUCGCAUAGUGCAAAUGACAUGGUUGAGGAACUUUUCAUUUCCCUCUCGAUCUCUAUGAUCUGUGAUGCAAGAGUGCACCAAUCCAAUAUCAAGUGGAAUGCUUGCUGAAUGGCCAUUGUCUUCCAAAUUCAGUGAGAUAUAUCACAUAGAACUCUUGUCACCUCUCUUAAUCCAAUUAAUGAUGUCGAUGCUUCAUA